UCAUGCAUACAACUUUCUUUUUCUUGUAGUGUAAAUAACUGACGGGUAAAUGGUGUAAUGAGCCCAGGGACUAGUGGUAAUAAUGUGUGGUACAUGUAGAUGAACUCCUGGGGAAAAGUGUGACGCCAUUGUGAUAAUACCAGGAAAAAAUUUAUGAAAAAAAAACGAAAAUAUUGACUGUUUACGAAGUGUUCAACCCACCCUGAAACAGAGCGACAAAAAUGAACAUCUUCUUUAGAAAGCGGGUGUGUGAGAUGGACCUCUCGGCGGCCAUGGAGGAAGCCAAGCUAGCCUGUAGCUACUUCUUCAACAACCGCUUCGAGGAGGCCAGAGCGCUAAUGAGGCCGUGGGCACAUAAGAGCAUGUACCAUGGGCUUGGCUAUGGCACCUUCAUGUAUCUUCAAGCCAUCAUGACCUUUGACCCUAAAGACAUCGAAAUUGCCAUCGAUGCACUGAAACAGAGUGUGGAUGUGUGUAAUCGCUUCAGACGGAAGAAUACUCUUGGAGAAUCCUUAGGCAAGAUGGUAAAGAAGGUCGAUUACAAUUCCUUCACCAAAGAGGAGAUUCAUGCUGAGCUGUGCUACGCAGAGUGUCUGUUGCUGCGAGCAGUCCUUUCCUUCAUGGAGGACGAGACUCUUAUAAGCUUCCUCAAAGGUGGCAUGAAGAUCAGAGCUUGUUACCAGUCUUACAAGGAGUGUUGGUACAUCCUGGAAGGUCGUGACUGGAGCAAAGAUCCUGACAAAAUGCACUUUGAGUCUGGUGUAAGAAUGGGUGUAGGAGCCUUUAAUCUUAUGAUCUCACAGCUUCCCCAGAAAAUUCUCAAGCUGCUUGAAUUUGUUGGUUUUUCAGGAAAUAAGUCGUGUCAGGUAAGAGAUCAGAAGCUCUUGGGUCUGGCUGAGCUGGAGCGAGGGUUCUUCUUGGAAGGAUCACUACGACGGGUACUGUGUGCUUUAGUACUACUUGGGUACCACCUUAUAGCUACAUAUGUCCUUGGCACUUCAGAAGGUGACCUGGAGAUGGCACAAGUCAUCCUUGAUGAUCAUUUGAAGCUGUACCCAAAUGGUGCUUGGUUCCUCUUCUUUGCUGCUCGUCUAGAGUAUGUCAAAGGAAACUUCGAUCUUGCAAUUGAAAAGUACAAAAUUUCACUGAACAGCCAAGACGAGUGGCGGCAGUUCCAUCACCUGUGCUACUGGGAGCUGAUGUGGUGUUGCAUUAUGAGUGCUCAGUUCAGGGAGGCUCAGGAGUAUGCUGACAAACUUUUGCUGGAGAGCAAGUGGUCUAAGGCAACAUAUGCAUAUCAGAAAGCGUGUUGUAUGUGUAUGAGGCUAGAUGAGCUCACACCAGCAGAGAAGCAAGAGCUGAGUGAGACAAUGAGGAGCAUCCCCGGCCUCAAGCAACGCAUAGCAGGCAAGAGUCUUCCUGUAGAAAAAUUUGCUGUGAAAAAGUCUGCUAGAUUCUUUGCUCAAGGAGAGACACUAACACUGUCUGCUCUGGAGCUCAUCUAUGCUUGGAAUGGCUUCAAGAUCCUUGCCAAGCGAUAUGAAAAUGUGGAGAAGAUGUUUGUCAUAAUAGACAGAGAGAUGAGGAAACUAGAGUCAGUCAAAGUGGAAAACAGAAAUGAGUAUUACUGGGAUGACUACCUGCUGGCUCAACUGGUAAAGGGUUCCUGCUUAGCAUACAUGAACUCUCCACUGCAGGCUGAAGAAUGUUUCAAGUUUAUUGUCAAUAAUGAGAAGAAGAUCAAAGAAGAUACUUACCUUGUUCCAAAUGCCCUCCUAGAGCUUGGACUCAUCCUCCUUCGAGCCAACGAUCUUGACCAGUCACGCAUUAUUCUUGAACAUGCAAAAAAUAACUACAAGAGUUACUCUUUGGAAUCUCGGCUACACUUCCGAAUUCAUGCAACUCUCAACAAGAUUCAUGGCAUCCAGAAGGGCACACAGUCAGAGGGCCUCACACCCCUGGACACUUACCCAUCCAUCAGUCGAUCUCCGUCUCCAUGUGUGAGGAAGUCAACUGGAUUGUAGUAGCAGCGACGCAUCGUCUGCUAUCUGCGUCACACGGCCCGUACCAUACCACCGCUGCGCCAUCAACACACGCAUGAAUGCACACCUGACAUGCAACACAGUGACUGAAACAAGCAUACAUACUGAAUAUUAGGUUUUCCUGUAACAAAUUUAUGACUGGGAAGCAUAUAUAAUUUAUCCCAGUCAUAAGUGUAUUAUCAACAUUAUGGGAACAAAAUGAUUAGCAGUGUUACUUAUGUAUAUAAAGUACUUUUCUUACCUCAUAAAGGUCGUUUCACAUUGCAUGCGAUGCUAGCUAUGCUGCGGAUGGAAAUUACGUGGCUUUGAAGUGCUCCCGUUGUUUUUCACCGAGGCUGUUCAGACCAGAUGCGUCGGAUAUGUACCAUCCCAGAUUGCCGUCUCCACAAUUUUUUCUCGACAUGACUUCAUCACGCAUGCGCACUAAAGCAUUUUGGCAGUCUGGGACCGACAGUUGAAUGAGACGGCAGCUAUCGCCCUGCUUUGGGCUAUUAUUUUCUCUUGGGGCUUAAGGACUGCCUGUAGUUUGUUUCCUGUUUCUUGAUAUCCUUUUCAAUUAUUAAUACAUCUUCAUUGAUCUGAGUGUUGGCCAAUCUGAAAUAUUGUCAAAAUUUUUCUUCAUCAACUGAAAGCUCCUGCACAAGAUGAUGGUAUUUGCCAAAGUUUGGCAUUUUCACAUUUGUUUCAUGUACCCACUUCUCUUUUCUUUUCUUAGACACUCCUAGAGUCAGCAGUAAAAUUUCCUCCUCCUCUUCCUCAUAAAACCACUGUACGUUGCCUUCCAUCUUGACUGAUGCAACGAUACUGAUAAUGAAGAUAUUACUGCUGCUUCUUUAAGACCCCUGGACUGGGAUCAUCCAGAAUGCCUGAUAAAAGACUGUCAGGCAAAUAAUUCGCAUUGGUGGAGUGAAGGGGAGAGGCAGGCUCCGACUGUGGCAGGGGUAAUGCAGACGACGCCUGGCUGGUUGGUGAAGAAAGAGACAGGAGUGGAGGAUUGGGGAGGGGGUGGAUCUUGCCGCUUAAAACAUUGUUGUUGGCAUUUGCUUGGCUUUCUUUUUUUAGUACUUUAUAGAUUUCUUGAUAAAGUUGUACUUAAAACAUUCUCUAUAAUCCUCUUUAUUUUUAUGCUUAAUUCCAUUGAUGAGUCAUAGCUGUAAAUCAUAUCUGUUAAAUUUUUGACACCUGAUUCAUGUCCUCAAUCCAUACACUUAAUGCGUAAUCCAUCUUCUCCAUACCUUCAUCUUUAUGGAACAAACAGUUGAUUCAUUCACUUGUAAUGUACAGUCAACCGCUGACGCAUUCAUGCCAUUAUCAAGUUAUUCUAACACUUAAUUAUCUGUGUCAGAGUCAUGACUUUCUUCACUCUCUUUGCAUCAUAUGCACCACCACCAGUUAAUGGCCUUUUUGGAGCCAUAACCUUUAUAAUUAACAUUAGAAUUGCUCUCGGACGAAACUCCCUGGCUAUGUGGUAAAACUCUUAAACGAGACUGGCGGGAGAGAACGGCUACAUCACAUCAUGGCAGAUGCCUUCAGUUUUUAAAAUCAGCACCUCACCUUUUUAUGUUAUUUAAGUAGAUAAAAACCUCUGAGGUAAUUUCACGGAUAGUAAAAUUCGCAAGAGUUGAGCUCGUAUAUGUUGAGGUACUGGUGUAAUGUUGACAGUGGUAUGUUGAUAGGUGUGGGACUCUAGUCAAACAACCAAGCUUAUUAUGUUGAGUGUAUUGUAUCCUUAAGAAGCCCAGGUCAAAAUGUCCUCAUAAAUCAGUCCAAUCCUGUGCUGUAUACCCAACAUUUUGUUUUUAGUUGUUAUUUUUAGAUCGAAUGCUGAGAAAAUUUGCAUGAACAUUAAGAUGUAACUUGCAUAUAAUUUAACCAGUAUGUUGCAUGGAAUUUGAAGAAACGAAAGAAAAGAAAACAAAACAAAACAUUCCAGAGUGUAGUUUAUAACUUCAAGCUUGUACUCUUAUGUCACUUAGUGUGUGGACAAGAUAAUUCUAGAUAUUUGAACAUUUAAAAUGGUAUUUGCAUGUACAGUACUGUUUUGUAUGUUGAUUGAGUACAUAUGUUUGUAGGUUUCUUUUAAUGUCUACCAAUUAUAAAAAUCAAAUUUAAGUAGUUUAAUACUGUACAGUGUAGUUCACUGUAACUGAUUGUCAUACAUGGUACCAUAGAGGUAUUUUUUUUUUUUUUUUAAGAAUUAUAAUAAAGUUUCUCUUCAGAUUCUUUCAGAAUCGACCAUUUACAUGGUGCACAGUUCUAUGUCUGCUUUGGAUGGAGGAUUUAAGUCUUAGGGAUGAGAAGUUUAUAUAAAGCGUAGGUGCUAGCUGACAUCAUUUAAAUUGUUUAUGAAUCAUCAAUGAUUAUGUUUAUGUUCUGGGACAUCCUCUUCUGGGUUAGAAAAUGAAGCAUCUGUGGCUCCCAUUUUCAGGUAAUAUUUAUUAGGGCUUUCAUUAUGUUAACACUGAAGUGUCUGUAGAGCCUCAUUAUCCAUUCUUGUGAGCUUGGAUAUGAGGCUCUGGAUUUUCACUUAAAAUGUUUCUUAGUUUGAAGGUUCCAAUAUCUUGUAUAAUGCUACAGCUACUUCGUAGUCUGAUACAGUAUAUAUAAUGUUACACUUGCACUAUAAUAUGAACAAGAGCAGUGCCAAGGUUACCAAGUAUGUUACAUGCCUAAAUCUGAUUAUAAAACUAUUCAUUAUUACUUUUUUUUAGUGUUACAAGUCAAACUAUAACUUCAUAUUGUGAUGACAAAUUGAAUAUUUUCAGGUUAUUUAGUAUAAGCAUGUGUUGGUCUCCAAAAUGUUCAAGCCAAAAAGUAACAUAAGACCAGUUUAUGGGAAGUUCAUCCUGUCACUAACUGUAAAUCGUUAGUCUUUCAUUGAUUACUAUUUACUGGAAACUCGACCAAGUACAAUAAUAAAUCAAAAGAGUUCUGAUCACUAAGUAAUGUUACAGACUUUUAAAAAAUACUGUAACACUUAAUUUUGGGAUAAGGAUGGAAAAUUCAUUGAAGAUUUUUGAGUGCAAUAUUCUAAUACAGUACCUGAUUGCCUUAAAAGAUGCUUAUUGUUCAGUCACAUUAUGACUCGAGUGUGUUUUACAUUAAUUUUUCUUAGUGACCAAAACAUACAUGUAUGUGUAAUUGUACUGCAUAAAAUGUAAUUAAAGAUUUUUUAUUUGAUUUACAAAAUAUAUUAGACAAUGUAAAUAUAUGUAAACACCUGUUGAUCUUUUAAAGCAAUAUUCUAUACUCCAAUUCACACAUUGUCACAAUUGUGAUUUUUUUUUUUAAGUAAAAUGUGUAUUUAUAACAGGAAUUUUGAUGUAAAUAAAUACUUUUCUUUUAAGAGCUUCUAUUUGGUCUGACAAUAGAAUUUGCAGAAAUGUUGAGUGAUUUAAGACUAAAAUGUAUGUACCAUCUGCUUUAAAGGCAGGAACAACUUAAUAUAGAAUAUUAAAAUUUGUGAUAAUGCACAUGCAA